CUUCACGAACAAACGGAAGAACAAAAAAAAAUCUGUGAGAGCGACCAAAUCAAAUCAAUCGGAGAUAUGACAGAGAAAAAGGAAACUGUGCCACCGGAGUACGAUGUGAAUGCUAAGUGGGACGCAUGUCUCGAUCUCACCGUCCGCCGCUUCGUUUACUCUUCCCUCGGCGGCGCAUUCGCCGGUCUUCUUCUCUUCAGGAGUCCCGUUACAAGAUGGUCAUCGAUAGCUUUGGGUGCUGGAAUUGGUAUUGGCUCUGCUUACACUGAUUGCUCUCGUUCUUUCGACGCACCUUCUUCGCCUUCAACAGAGACUUCUGUAUCUCAGGCUGCGGACGAGUAGAAGAAACGCAUGCAAAGAUCGGGUGUAUUUAGAAACAGAGCUAUCACGCAAUUGAAUUGUUUCCUUAAACCUGCAAUGACCAAGUCAUUUGAGAUAAUUUCACAUGUAAAAACCUUCCUUUUUUAAAAAAAACGUGUGUUAUCUCUUUCACUCA